GUGAGCCUUUAAUAUUGAACAAAAAAAAAAAAAAAGAAAGAGAGAAAAAAGGGAAAGGGCUAGAAAUGAAACAUGGGUUCACCCUAUAUUGUGGCCAGUUUAACGGGCAAGGUGAAGCUCGCAUGGAGAGGCUCUCGUGUAAGAGGAACAGGUUAGAGACAUCGCCCCCUCGUUUCCAGUUCCAGGGUGUGAAAUAUGUCUGAUAUCCACAAGGCAGAAUGGAGAGGGGAGAAGAAAAAAAAUCAAAGCAUCCUUUUCUUUUUCUUAUAAGGCUGUUGGAGAGAUGGUUCAAUGAUUCAACGUUUUGUAUUACCUCCAACAUGCCCCUACAUGAAAGUUUCAAAAAUUUGCCAUUUCUGCCUGUCCCAUGUUCAUUUCUUGGCAAGGACGGAGGAUUAUAGGAGGAUUAAUAAAGAGGCAGGGGGGGACGCCCCCCUAAGAUUCUGGAAAAAAAAUUAUAUAUGAUAUAUUUCAAUGUUGGUACUCAGUAAUUUUCAUGUUUAGUUCAUAGUCAAAUAAACAAUUGAUGUUUUC